AUGGUUCUUGAUGCAUUUGUAGACAAAUUUGUUGCUGAUCAUAUUGAACCAAAAAAAUACAUUAUAAAAAACAUGACACAUUACAAUAAUCCUCUCAAUCGACUGAUCGAACUAUGUCAUCAACAAUCUCAGACGCCAAAUGAACUUCUUGCUCACUUAUUCGCUCGAUGUGUGAAUGAAAUUCGACCAGAUAAAGAUGAAUUAUUACGUGAAACAUUUCUGGAACCAGCUCGCGAUACUUGUACUUAUGUGAUCUUGUUUAAUGACUGUUUUGCGUCUCUUCCCAUUCGUCAGGAAACACUCAAUCAAUUGAACGAUAUUUGGUCCACAUGGGAAAGACAACAACUAACCUACGAACAACUUUGGCGAAAGAAACAUUACCAUGCCGAUCAAGAAUAUUGUUUUAAUAAAAUCUGGGACGCGGUCGGUAAAUAUAAUGGUAGACAGUAUCAAAUUGGUGUACUCUUCGACACAGCACAUAAAGAUAUGAUGGAAAAAACCAGAACCAAAGAGAAGAUUACCACCUGUUUGAAUGAAUAUUGUGAUCGAGCUAAUGAUAAACAAAAAUAUCUGAAUCUUCUCAUUGAAAUGCAACGUCAACUCGAACGAUCGGUAAUCAAUCAAAUCCAGAUACCACCGGAAUUGAAACAACUAGUACC